AUGUUGAACUUAGUCUUGCAUCAGUUUCCGUUGAUCUCCAGGAACGACGAUAUCUUUAAGAAGUACCAAACAACAAUAAGGCUGUUAUGGCAGCAGCCGAAUCUUCUCAUGAUCCAUUCUUGCACUCUGAAGAGGAUUGUGGGAAUGGACUGCAACAGCGACUCCAUUCUGUGCUCUCUUGUAGAAGUUAUGAUGCUGAAAACAGAUUUUCAGAUAGCGGCAUACAUUGAAACGGUCUCUAGUUUCAUUCUUUCUCGUCACUGUCGCUGCCUUGAUCUUCUUGGGAGUUACGCAGUCUGCAAGCAUUUCUCGUCCAGGAAGACUGCAAUGAGAUGUCUCACCAAGGCAGCGAUGAAGGACAUGUCGUUGUUCGAGGCGUGCGUUAAGACCAUUCUACAAAAACUGUCAGAUGUCCAUGUCAAGACAGAUUUCUGUCUGGAGGCUCUCCUAGACCUGGCUCGAUCAAGCUGCCUUGCAUUCUUGGCUCUUAUCGCGGAGCACAUGAAUCGACUUGACCGUGACGGAAGAGUUUUCAUUGCGGUCCUACACGUGAUCAAAAUCAUCGCACAUGACAGCAACUGGACCUCAAACUGUGUACACACUCUGAAUAUGAAUUUGCAGCAUGAAAGCAACUUGGCUCGCCAGAACGCUAUACAAGCAAUUGCUUUCGUUUGCAACAAAGAAACUACAAAGAAUUACACUAGUGUGAAGACUACUCUUUACUUUCAGGACAGCGUUUCAACGUCAGAAAUUCAACAAUCUGUCCUCAAAGAGAUGGCAAGGUAUUUAGAACAUUCCUCGAAAGACGUACAGGAAUCAGCCAUAUCUGCUUUCAAAGCCCUGAAAGAAGUGGGAGUCAGCAAAAUCUCAAUUGUUCAAUGCGUUUCGAAUUAUCUUACCAAUCCCUCAGAACAAAUUCGUGAUAUGGCAGUUUACGGUAUUUCGCAGAUAAUUUCCAACUCGGACACUGAUUGUGUACACAUCUUAUUUGAGACGAUGAAAAACUCUAGCGAGCUUCAAAGAAAAUCUAUUGUUCGCGCGCUGAGCAGAAUUCUUCCAGAAACAAACAUACGUGACAUGAGCGCUACUUUGCCGAAGAUAGAAAGCAUCUACAGGGUGGAAAUCGCUUUCACACUUCUUUCUUCACCUUCUACUUUCCUUACUGAUGAGAAGGAGACUUUCUUAGGAACUCUGGCUCGGGUGACAGGAAUUGCAGUUGAACGAAUCAGUCUACGUGACGUCACUCGUGUCUCUCCAUCAAUAACACAUGAAAUAUUGGCUAAAAGCGAACAUGGACCAAAAACUUUGGGCUUGAACCAGAGCUAUUGGAAUUCGACAAAGCCGAAUUCCAGAAAGAGGAGGGGAGCGGCUUACGGCGGUGCAAUGACGGUGCGUGUCGAGUGUGACAUCCUUCUCAACAAGAAUGAAACAUGCGAGUUACUGUUUGAUUCUGACAAUCUGCAACAAGUUCUUUCCGAACAGGGUUACAUUUGGCUGGAAGUAGUUCGACCCGCCUCGAUUGCAAGCACGAACUCAACUCUGAUUUCUCAGACAAUGAUGGAUCUUUUGCAGGAGGAGCAGAGCCAUCACGUGAUACACGAUGCCCUUAAAGUUCUCGAAGCCGUUGUCGAGCAGAAGCAUAUAGGGCUCAAAUAUAUGUGA